GACUUCCUCCUCAAACCAGGCAUCUUUGGGAGCAGUUUGGAGGAGAUGAUGAAGAUCCAAUCCUGUCGUUUUCCUUCGCUCCGUCUACCGUGGAUUCAGAUCUUUCUCACCGAGGAGCUGCUACGUCUUAACGGUGCCAAAGCUGAGGGAAUCUUUCGGGCUGGGUUUCUUUUACGAAAGAAUGUAAUUCUCCGACUUAUGCGGCGAUAUCCUUUGCCAGGGGACAUCAUGUUGUCGCGCGAAGCUAUUUGA